UUCAUUACGCCGUUCCUGUUUGUGAAGAAGGAAUGAUUCAGGUCAAGUCAAAUUAGUGGUGUGUUCCAAGCUGGAGAAUGGAGGGUGAUGGUUUUCAAGGAGCAAUAGGCAAAACUAUCUUCAGGAACUAAGCAGUAGAAUACCGCAUAAUUUUAACAUUAGAUUUUCCUGACGAGAGUGGUGACCCCAUUUAGAUCUAUUCGGAAGCUAACCAGAGCAGCAAGUAGCUCCCAUUUUACAAUCGCAAUUGUCUGUUGUGAACAGAGUAACAAACCUCAAACGCAAAAACGUAAGGCUUUAAAACAUAGCUUCACUGGCCUAAUGGAAGUCGUAUGACAAGAACACAAAAAUGUUUUUGCAUUUGGUUAGCGAAAUAUACUGUAUAUCGGAUCGUUUUGACGGUUGGAGCCCGGCGCGAGCGUAGCCCUUUUAAGAGCUGUUUUGAGUCUACACGUGCUUGCCUUGAAAGGAGGGAGCUGCACAAACACAGACUCGGAUCCUUUUGACCGAAAGUAACCCUGGAGCUGCGAGCGGUAGCGCUAUAAAAGCACUGAGGAGAAAAAAACGGCACUCUUUAUUGCGAGAGACACAUCGAGCAGAGUGGACAAUAACGGACGGUGACGAAGUGAAGAAAGGGUUUAUAUUUAUUCUUCACUUCGCCAAAGGACUAUCUAUUUAUGCUCAAAAAGGAAACGUUUGGAGAUAACGUGAAAAGUUGAGCGCAGCGCAGAUCCAGGGCAGCCAUGUCUGUCUCUACUCAGCUGGGCCUGCUGCUGUGGAAGAACCUCACCUACCGGCGCAGACAAACGAUCCAGUUACUGGUUGAGAUAGUCUGGCCACUCUUCAUCUUCUUCAUCCUCAUCUCGGUCAGGCUUCACUACCCUCCAUACGAGCAGCAUGAGUGUCACUUCCCAAACAAGGCCAUGCCCUCUGCCGGCACCCUGCCCUGGGUGCAGGGCAUCAUCUGCAACGCCAACAACCCCUGCUUCCGCUACCCAACGCCCGGAGAAACCCCUGGGGUGGUGGGCAACUUCAACGACUCCAUAAUCUCCCGCCUGUUCAUCGAUGUUAAGAAGAUCCUGCUGUACAGCCAGAAUGACAGGAGCCUGGAGGGGUUCAAGGGCCUGGUCCGAGCGCUGAGGAACAUGCAGAAACACACCGCAGGGUUCAAGCUGAAGGACUUUCUCCGUGACGACGAAUUGCUGUCGACGUUCCUGGAACGCAACGCGUCCCUGACGCAGCACGCGGUGCGGGAGAUCGUGGAAGCGGACAUCAACCUGGAGAAGGUGCUGAUCAAAGGCUUUGAUGUCCACCUCAGAGACAUGUGCAAUACCACCUCCCUGGAGGACUUUGUGACGAUCUCGGACAAGAUGGUAUCUCUGCAGACCCAGGAGAUCCUCUGCGCGUCCUCCACCGAGUGGCUCAACCAGGCCGAGAGCCACUUCCUGUCCAACCUGGACUUCCUGAAGCCCAUCCGGAAGGACGUGAGGUCCGACCCCAAGGACAUCCAGGCGGUAUCCGUGGCGACAGACAGUCUGCUGGAGAGCCUGGGAUCUCUGGCGGUGGAGCUGGCGAGCAUGCGGAGCUGGCAGGACCUGCGGAAGGAGGUGCAGUACCUGAUGGGUAACGGCAGCGCCUCGCCGGGGCUCAUGUACCAGGCCGUGUCGCGCAUCGUGUGCGGGCACCCCGAGGGCGGCGGCCUCAAGAUCAAAUCGCUCAACUGGUACGAGGACAACAACUACAAGGCCCUGUUCGGAAACCACGGCAACGGCAGCGACGAGGAGCCCGUGUCCGUCUACGACAACUCCUCCACUCCGUACUGCAACAGCAUGAUGAAGAACAUGGAGUCCAGCCCCAUCUCCCGCAUGAUCUGGAGAGCCCUGAAACCACUGCUCAUCGGCAAGAUCCUCUACACCCCCGACACCCCGGCCACACAAAGGAUUAUUAAAGAGGUGAACAGGACGUUUCAGGAGCUGGGGGUCCUGCGGGACCUGGGCGGGAUGUGGGACGAGAUGAAGCCCAAAGUCUGGAACUUCAUGGAGAACAGCGAGGAGAUGGACCUGGUCCGGACCCUGCUCCAGAACAACGCCAGCGCCCGCUUCCUUAACGCCCAGCUGAGCGGGACGUCCUGGAGGGUGGAGGACGUCUCCGCCUUCCUGUCCAAACGCUCGGAGGACCCGCGGCCCCCAGGCUCCGCCCUCACCUGGCGGGACGUCUUCAACGAGACGGACCAGGCCGUGCAGACCGUCUCCCGCUUCAUGGAGUGCGUGAACCUGGAUAAGUUGGAGCCGGUGGCGAACGAGGAGCGGCUGGUGAACAAGUCCAUGCGUCUGCUGGACGACCGGAAGUUCUGGGCCGGCAUCGUGUUCCCGGACAUCCACUCCAACAGCUCCGAGCUGCCGGACAACGUCAACUACAAGAUCCGCAUGGACAUCGACAACGUGGAGCGCACCAACAAGAUCAAGGACGGGUACUGGGACCCCGGCCCCAGGGCCGACCCGUUCGAAGACCUGCGCUACAUCUGGGGCGGGUUCUCCUACCUCCAGGACGUCAUCGAGCACGGAAUCAUCCGGGCCGUGACGGGCAGCCGGGAGAAGAUGGGGGUGUACAUCCAGCAGAUGCCGUACCCCUGCUACGUGGACGACAUAUUCCUUCGCGUGAUGAGCCGCUCAAUGCCGCUCUUCAUGACGCUGGCCUGGAUGUACUCGGUGGCCAUCAUCAUCAAGGGCGUGGUCUACGAGAAGGAGGCUCGGCUGAAGGAGACCAUGAGGAUCAUGGGAUUGAACAACGGCAUCCUGUGGCUGAGCUGGUUCAUUAGCAGCCUCAUCCCCCUGCUCAUCAGCGCCUCCUUCCUGGUGCUCAUUCUGAAGAUGGGUAAUCUCCUGCCCUACAGUGACCCCGGGGUGGUGUUCCUGUUCCUGAGCUCGUUCGCCGUGGUGACCAUCAUGCAGUGCUUCCUGAUCAGCACGCUCUUCUCCCGCGCCAACCUGGCGGCGGCGUGCGGCGGGAUCAUCUACUUCACGCUCUACCUGCCCUACGUGCUGUGCGUGGCCUGGCAGGACUACGUGGGCUUCGGGGCCAAAGUCUUCGCUAGCCUGCUGUCCCCGGUGGCGUUUGGGUUCGGGUGCGAGUACUUUGCCCUGUUUGAGGAGCAGGGCGUGGGGAUUCAGUGGGGCAACCUCCUCUCCAGCCCGAUGGAGGAGGAUAACUACAGCCUGACCACCUCCAUCGCGCUCAUGUUCUUCGACGCCUUCCUCUACGGCGUCAUGACCUGGUACAUCGAGGCCGUCUUCCCCGGCAUGUACGGGAUCCCGCGGCCCUGGUACUUCCCCUUCACCAAAUCCUACUGGUGUGGGGAGGACAGGACGGGCGACAUGGCCGCCCCGGUGGGGAAGCGAGGAAACGCUGACGCCGUGUGCAUCGAGGAAGAGCCCGGUCACGUGCAGCCCGGAGUCUUCAUCAAGAACCUGGUCAAGGUGUAUCGCAACGGCAACAAGCUGGCCGUGGACGGGCUGACGCUGGGCUUCUACGAGGGGCAGAUCACCUCCUUCCUGGGGCACAACGGGGCCGGGAAGACCACCACCAUGUCGAUCCUGACUGGAUUGUUCCCGCCCACCUCCGGCACCGCCUACAUCCUGGGAAAGGACAUCCGCAAGGACCUGAGCACGAUUCGGCAGAGCCUGGGGGUGUGUCCGCAGCACAACGUCCUCUUCAGCAUGCUGACCGUGGAGGAGCACGUCUGGUUCUACGGGCGGCUGAAGGGCCUGCCGGAGGAGGCGGUGAAGGCCGAGAUGGAGCAGAUCGUCGCCGACAUCGGCCUGCCGCACAAACGCGGGGCCAGGACCAGCACGCUGUCCGGGGGGAUGCAAAGGAAGCUGUCUGUGGCCCUGGCUUUCGUCGGAGGGUCAAAGGUCGUCAUCCUGGACGAGCCCACCGCUGGGGUGGACCCCUACUCCCGCCGAGGCAUCUGGGACCUUCUGCUGAAGUAUCGCCAAGGUCGCACCAUCAUCCUCUCCACGCACCACAUGGACGAGGCGGACAUCCUGGGAGACCGUAUCGCCAUCAUCUCCCACGGGAAGCUGUGCUGCGCCGGCUCCUCCCUCUUCCUGAAGAACCAGCUGGGCACGGGCUACUACCUGACCCUGGUGAAGAAGGACCUGGACCUGUCCCUCAGCUCCUGCCGCAACUCCAGCACCACCGUCUCCUUGAUCAAGAAGGAGGACAGCGUAUCAGAGAGCAGUUCAGAUGCAGGACUGGGCAGCGACCACGAAAGCGACACGACCACCAUUGACAUCUCCCUCAUCUCCAACGUCAUCUUCAAGCACGUGCCGGCCGCGCGCAUGGUGGAGGACCUGGGCCACGAGCUCACCUACGUGCUGCCGUACGAGUCCGCCAAGGCCGGCGCCUUCGUGGAGCUCUUCCACGAGCUGGACGACCGCCUGUCCGACCUCGGCAUCUCCAGCUACGGCGUCUCCGACACCACCCUGGAGGAGAUUUUCCUGAAGGUCGCGGAGGACAACGGGGUUGAUGCUGAGAUUUCAGACGGCACCAUCCCGCUGCGCAGGCACAGACGCCACGCAUUCGGAGAUCACCAGAGCUGCCUGAGACCCUUCACCGAGGACGACGGCCUCGACUUCAACGACUCUGAGGGAGACCCAGAGUCGCGGGAGACGGACUGGCUGGGCGGGGCGGACGGUAAGGGCUCGUACCAGGUCAAGGGCUGGAGUCUGAGGAGGCAGCAGUUCGUGGCUCUGCUGUGGAAGAGGCUCCUGUACGCACGCCGCUCCAGGAAAGGCUUCUUCGCUCAGAUCGUUCUUCCGGCCGUGUUCGUCUGCAUCGCCCUGGUGUUCAGCCUCAUCGUCCCGCCCUUCGGCAAGUACCCCAGCCUGGCCCUGCAGCCCUGGAUGUACGACGAGCAGUUCACCUUCAUCAGCAACGACGCUCCGGAAGAUUCCAGUACGCAGAGGCUGCUGGGCGCCCUGAUGGAGAGGCCGGGAUUCGGAACGCGGUGCAUGGAAGGAGACCCAAUUCCGGACGUCCCGUGUGAGAUGGGGGAGGAGCACUGGUCCACCCCGGAGGUCCCGGACAGCGUCAUGGAGAUGUUCAGCCGGGGGAACUGGAGCAUGGAGAACCCCUCUCCCCUGUGUGAGUGCAGCUGUGAGGGCCGCAAAAAGAUGCUUCCGGAAUGUCCCGCUGGAGCGGGAGGCCUGCCACCGCCCCAGAAGAAGCUCAGCUCCACAGACACCCUGCAGAACCUGACGGGCCGAAACGUUUCGGACUACCUGGUGAAGACCUACGCCCAGAUCAUCGGCAAGAGCCUGAAGAAUAAGCUUUGGGUGAACGAAUUCCGGUAUGGUGGAUUCUCAUUGGGCGCCCGGAGUUCCCAGCUCCUCCCCCCUGCCGAUGAGAUUGACGAUGCCAUCUCUCAGAUCCGGAGGCGGUUCAGCCUGGAGAAGGGUGCUGCAGCCGACCGCUUCCUUGGGAGUCUGUCCACUUUCAUCCAGGGCCUGGACACCAAAGAUAACGUCAAGAUCUGGUUCAAUAACAAAGGCUGGCACAGCAUCGGGGCGUUCCUGAACGUGAUGAACAACGGCAUCCUGCGCGCCAACCUGCCCGCCGGGCGCGACCCCGCCAAGUUCGGCAUCACCGCCUUCAACCACCCGCUCAACCUCACCAAGGAGCAGCUGUCCCAGGUGGCGCUGAUGACCACCUCAGUGGACGUGCUGGUCUCCAUCUGCGUGAUCUUCGCCAUGUCCUUCGUCCCGGCCAGCUUCGUGGUCUUCCUCAUCCAGGAGCGCGUCAACAAGGCCAAGCACAUGCAGUUCAUCAGCGGAGUGCAGCCCCUGCUCUACUGGCUGGCCAACUUCAUCUGGGACAUGUGUAACUACGUUGUCCCGGCAACCCUGGUCAUCAUCAUUUUUGUCUGCUUCCAACAAGAGGCCUACGUCUCCUCUCGAAACCUGCCAGUGCUGGCCCUGCUGCUGCUGCUCUACGGGUGGUCCAUCACUCCGCUCAUGUACCCCGCCUCCUUCUUCUUUAAGAUCCCCAGCACCGCCUACGUGGUCCUGACCAGCGUCAACAUCCUCAUCGGCAUCAACGGCAGCGUGUCCACCUUCGUCCUGGAGCUGUUCGGCAGCAACGAGGUCGGCGGCGUUAACGACAUCCUGAAGAACGUGUUCCUGAUCUUCCCGCACUUCUGCCUGGGGCGGGGGCUCAUCGACAUGGUGAAGAACCAGGCCAUGGCCGACGCCCUGGAGAGAUUCGGUGAGAACCGUUUCCACUCUCCGCUGGCCUGGGACAUGGUGGGGAAGAACCUGUUUGCCAUGGCGAUAGAGGGCGUGGUCUUCUUCACCAUAACCGUGCUGAUUCAGUACCGCUUCUGCAUCAAGGCCAGGUCCCUGAGCACCAAGCUGACCCCGAUCGGGGAGGAGGACGAGGACGUGGCGCGAGAGCGGCAGCGGAUCCUCAGCGGCGGCGGCCACACCGACAUCCUGGAGCUCAAACAGCUGACCAAGGUGUACAAGAGGAAGCAGAAACCUGCCGUGGACCGGCUGUGUGUGGGCAUUCCUCCCGGAGAGUGUUUCGGCCUGCUUGGGGUGAACGGCGCGGGGAAGACCAGCACCUUUAAGAUGCUGACCGGAGACUCUGUGGUGACCAGCGGGGAGGCCUACCUGGCAGGGAAGAGCGUGCUGAAGGAGAUCGACGAGGUGCACCGGAACAUGGGCUACUGCCCGCAGUUCGACGCCCUCAACGACCUGCUGACCGGCCGUGAGCACCUCGAGUUCUACGCCAUCCUGCGGGGGGUCCCGGAAAAGGAAGUGUGUGAGGUGGCGGAGUGGGGCAUCCGUAAGCUGGGGCUGGUGAAGUACGUGGACAGAGCGGCCGGCAGCUACAGCGGCGGGAACAUGCGCAAGCUCUCCACCGCCAUGGCGCUGAUCGGCUGCCCGCCCGUGGUCUUCCUGGAUGAGCCCACCACCGGCAUGGACCCCAAGGCCCGGCGCGCCCUGUGGAACUGCAUCCUCAGCAUCAUCAAAGAGGGCCGCUCGGUCGUGCUCACCUCACACAGCAUGGAGGAGUGUGAGGCUCUCUGCACCAGGAUGGCCAUCAUGGUCAACGGCAGGUUCCGUUGCCUGGGCAGCGUGCAGCACCUGAAGAACAGGUUUGGUGACGGGUACACCAUCGUGCUGCGGGUGGCGGGUGUGGACCCGGACCUGGGCCCGGUGAUGGAGUUCAUCGAGGCGGAGCUCCCGGGCAGCGUUCUGAAGGAGAAGCACAGGAACAUGCUGCAGUACCAGCUGCCCUCCUCCCUCACCUCGCUCGCCCGCAUCUUCAGCAUCCUGGCCAAGAACAAGGAGCAGCUGCGCAUCGAGGACUACUCCGUGUCCCAGACCACCCUCGACCAAGUGUUUGUUAAUUUUGCCAAGGACCAAAGUGACGAGGACCACUCUAAAGACAUUUCAGUGAACAGGAAGGAAGCCGUGGUGGACCUCUCUCAGCUGGACUCCUUCCUGCAGGACGAGAAGGCCAAGGAGACCUUUGUGUGAUCCGCAGUCCCCCGCGAGCAGCUCCCGAGGAGAGUGUGCUUCUCCUUCCUGUGUCUUUUAGUCCUUUUUUAAAAUGGUUUGGUGACUCCCUCCCCGAUGCCCGAAGCAGGAGAGGACGCCGCCAAAUCUGCAACUCAAUGCAACUCAAUGCAAGAAAAAAAAACAAAACAAAGAAUUCCACUCUUGUGUUAGCGAGGAAGUGCCUGGAGCCUCUCGCUGCGGUCGAAAGGACGGCGAGCGACAGACUUGAACGCGGAACACGGUUUGUUCUCGUAGGUGCAGUGCUGUCCCGGGGCUGUGACAGCGCGCUCGUUAAGCUGGGACACGCCAGUCUGCACAAUUCCAGCCUCCUGUUGCCAAUGAUAACUUCAGGGCCUUCUUCUCUUUUUUUGUACAAAGUGCAGAAUUUAAUAUCGAAAAAAAAAAAAAAACGCAAUCAUUUUCACGUUGUGUAAGAGUCAGGAGCCAAUCUACAGAAAAUCUCAAAUUUUUAUUUUGAAUAUGAUUACAGUAAACAAAGAUUAUUUUAAAUAUGGAACUUUGUAUCGUGAAAAAAACAAGUUGUUUUAACGAUUUCAGUGAAGACAGACGAGUCUUUUUCUCUGCCAUGUCUGUGACCAGUACACUGCCACCUGACAUCAUAGAUUGGGACUUUUAUUUUGACACUCCAAUCAGAAAGUUGUUGCGAGUGCAGGAUGUGCACCAUGGAAACGUACUGGGCAGACAAAAGACUUUUUGUAAUAGAUAUUUUAUAUGUUUUUGAGGUUUCUUAUGCGCUAUGGUGUUACGAUUCUGGAGCCGAACACCUUGUGACACAUCAGAGCCCUGACCUUCGAAUCUCUGGUCUCGAAUCCGUCAGUAAAAGAGGUUAAAAUAUGUGGUUGCGUAUUUUUUUAAAAAUGAAAUCAUAAUAAGAAGAAAGAAAGAAAAAAAAAACUUGUUACAGCGUAGCGUUCUGCUCUGGUGCCAGUCUGUGGACGUGUUUUGGAGAGUAGAUGCAUGCGUUUUGGCGUCGGCACGGACCCGGCUCUGACGGGGCGGGGGGGUGGGGGGGCGGGGGCUGCCGUCGCCAUGGGAGCGGGCCGUUAGUGCGCAAUCCCAGAAUUCUGUGCUUGUGUUUUUAUUGCACUGCUCUUGUGACGGUUGACGUCCUGAGGUGAAUCCUCUCGGUGGAAAUACUGUUUUUAUGCUUGUGACACUGAGAGAAAAGAAAUGUUUUAAAUUUACUGUCAUCACCACGGAAACUGAGUCGCAUGUUUGGGGGGGGUGGUGUGGGUUGGCACAUGUAAAGUCAUUACUGAGGUGCAGUGCCCGUCUAUAGCCAGAAGGGGGCAGCAUGGAGCUGCUGACCGUUUGAAAGGGGUUCUCCUUUCAGGGGCCUCAAACUCUAGACCCACAGUGUGUUUCUGUGCUCAGCUGCUUCAUUUAAGCCACCCAUCGAACAAAGAAUCCACACACCUUCUCCAAAGGCCUAAACCGGCUGCUGACUGAAAGAAAAAAAAACCUGCCAACAGAGCGCCCCCUGCAGGACUGGAGUUAAACCUGCAGACACAGCACCCCCUGCAGGACUGGAGUUAAACCUGCAGGCACAGCGCCCCCUCCAGGACUGGAGUUAAACCUGCAGGCACAGUGUCCCUCCAGGGCUAGAGUUUGAGACCCCUGUUCUAAGUGUUCAUAACGCCUGUACUAAAUACCACAGCUGUGUCAUGUGUCUGACUGUGCACCCUGGGUCAUCCACAGAGCGUGCUCUCUGAGGGCCUGCACCCUCUUAAAUAGCUAACUAAGUGAAUAAUUAAAUUAAUCCGAUCCAGAGCGGUCCUCCAUGUCGUUCCUGAGGUUCCCACAUGAGCUACCGUGUCAUUCUGCAGACGAGCGGGGGCAGAAUCAGGGGCAGACGAAUCUUGUGAAAAAAUACAAACGUUCUUCCCAAAUAAUAUUUAUCUGUACAAUCAAAAAUGGUGGAGAAAGUGUGGGUUUCUCUACGUGUGUAACGCAAGGCGUGUUACAUGUGAAAUGCACACAUGCAGUCGCGUGUUCUUAAAUGCAUGUAUGUGAAAUACUGCCCGUUUCUACAUGACGUCUGCCUUCAGGCCGUGACACCUCGACUCCUGGGACGGGGGCGACGGGGGGGACGGGGGGGACGGGGGGGGGGGGGUCCACAGAGCCGUGACCCCGCCAACCCGCCAUCCACGUGACCAAUGCAGUGGCACUGUUGAGCGCGAAACUGUCUUUCUGAGAAAUGGUGAUGCAGUGACUGACUGAGCCAACCAGAAUAAAAGCUUGCUUCCCAUUGGUCAGGACGGAAGGGGAAGGCGGUGCCGACGAUCCUUCAUUCCAAGCACUUUAAAGACCAAUCAUCACCAGGAUCUUUCUUUGCACAAGCAGGCUCAAGGAGUAGACAGACAGACAGACAGACAGACAACACGUGCUUUUUUUUGUUGUUGUUGUUUGAUGAAAAAAAAAAAAAAAAAUUAAUAACUUAUGUCCUACCAUUGGUCAAUAUUUCUUGUGUUUAGUAUUGUCUGUUUACAUUUUAAGUAUUAAGAAAGAGUCUGUGAGUCUGUUACUUGUACUGUACAGUACUUAUUUACAUAAAUAAAACUUGUGAAAUUUUCAA